AUGUGGAGUCGGUGCGUCGCGCUGGCGCUGCUGUGCGUCGCCACCGCGCGCGCCCAGUUCCCGCGCGAGUGCGUGACCGCAUCGGGGCUCGCGAGCGGCGUGUGCUGCCCGUCGCCGCGCGGCCUGGGCGAUGACCCGUGCGGCGCCAGAUCGGGACGCGGCGGGUGCGUGGUCGUGUCGGUGGACGCACGCCGGCACGGGCCCCAGUACCCGCACGACGGACGGGACGAUCGCGAGCGGUGGCCCGCGCGCUUCUUCGUCCGCUCGUGCCGGUGCAACGGCAACUUCAGUGGGCACGACUGCGGCCGGUGCGCGCACGGGCGGACUGGAGCGAACUGCGAUCAGCGCGUGCCCGUGGUGAGGAGGAACGUGAUGCUGCUGAGCGCGGCUGAGAAGAGGGCCUUCCUCAACGCGCUGGAUCAGGCCAAACGCACCGUGCACCCGGACCUGGUCAUCGCGACACGGCGCUACGCAGAGGUCUUUGGGCCCGAUGGAAACACCAUGCAGUUUGAAAACAUCUCCAUCUACAACUACUUUGUGUGGUCCCACUACUACUCCACCAGUAAGACCUUUCUGGGCGCUGGGCAGCCGAGUUUUGGAGGAGUGGACUUCUCCCACGAGGGGCCUGGUUUCGUGACCUGGCACAGAUACCACCUGCUUCAGCUGGAACGCGACAUGCAGGACAUGCUGCAAGACCCAUCAUUUGCCUUGCCCUACUGGAACUUCGCCAUCGGUGGCAGCACAUGUGACAUCUGCACCGACGACCUGAUGGGAGCCCGGAGCAGCUUUGACAUGAACAGCCUGAGCCCCAACUCCAUCUUCUCCCAGUGGAGGAUCGUCUGUGAAAACGUGGAAGACUAUGACACCAUGGGCACCAUCUGCAACAGUACGGAAACCUCUGUCAUCAGCAGGAACCCGGCAGGAAAUGUCAACAGGCCCAUGGUCCAGCGUCUCCCCGAGCCCCGGGACGUGGCCGACUGUCUGCAGGUUAACGCUUUCGACACGCCCCCUUACUACUCCACCUCCUCCCAAAGCUUCAGGAACACCAUUGAAGGCUACAGCGCCCCCCAGGGGAACUACGACCCCGCGGUGAGGAGCCUGCACAACCUGGCCCAUCUCUUCUUGAACGGGACAGGAGGGCAGACUCACCUGUCCCCCAACGACCCCAUCUUUGUCCUGAUCCACACCUACACCGACGCCAUCUUUGACGAGUGGCUGCGGAGACACACCCUGGCUACUACUGCCAUGUACCCAGAAGAAAAUGCCCCUAUUGGUCACAACAGGGCUUACAACAUGGUGCCUUUCUGGCCCCCGGUGACUAAUGCUGAGAUGUUUUUGACUGCCCCGGAGAACCUCGGCUACUCCUAUGAGGCUGAAUGGCCAGGUCAACCUUUCACUCUGACUGAGAUCACCACGAUGGUGAUCGUCGUGGCCCUCGUGGCCGUGGCCGUCAUCUUCGCUGCCACUACGUGCACGAUGCGUGCCAGGUCUCGCAAGACGGAGGGCCACCAGCCUCUGCUCGGAGACGAGUACCAACGCUACGAUGAUGAAAAGAGCCAGUCUGUGGUCUAG